UUUCGUGUGGGAUCCAUUAUAUUGCGCCCUCUGGCGACUGGUUGCUGAAACAAAGAUGGCGGCGCCCAUGGGAAGUUUUAUUCGUCGACGAUAACACUUGGCAUAAUUUUUUACUUAACUGAACUCGCAGUUUUAGAAAUAUGAUUAUUAUGAGCAAAUGGAACCUAUUACAAAAGCUGCAACUAACACUAGCAAUAAUUAAACCCGAUGUGGUGGCCCAUCCGCAUCGAUUAAAGGAAGUAAAGCAGUUGAUACUGAACAACAACUUUUACUUUGUGCGCUCACAAGAAAGGAGGUUGCAGCGUAAAAUUGUGGAGCAGUUUUAUGCAGAGCACAAAGGCAGGUUUUUCUUCAACCGUCUCGUUGGCUUCAUGUCUAGUGGGCCGAUAAGUGUCCACAUUCUGGCCAGGGAGGAUGCCAUAGCCAAGUGGAGGGAAGCCAUGGGACCGACCAAGACAUUCAGGGCAAAGCAUGAGGUGCCAGACUCAAUUAGGGCACGCUUCGGGUUAACUGACACCAGAAAUGCUACACAUGGCUCAGAUUCUGCCGAGACUGCCCGGAAAGAGAUGACGUUCUUUUUCCCCGACUUUGACAUAGAUGAUUGGUACCAGAACCAGGAACCAUCGUUCCGGACAGGGCAGGUCACAUUCUGUGAAAGGAGAACACUUCAUUAUGUUGCCAAAAUGGAAAUUGAAAACAGGUGACAUGAAGUGACUUGUAAUUUUGUGGAAAUUGCUGCCGACUUUUGAUGGACAUCGUUAACCCAAGGAGGUUUUCUUUUAAACCCUCCUGCUGUCUGAGCAGGCACAGACUGUCAAAACAUCAAUCCUCUUCCCUGCAAUGCCUUUAUUUAUACAGGGUAAGU